AUGUCCUCGUCUGCGCAACCUACUGGCUCUACUUGGAUGGAGGGCGAUUUUGAACAUCCGAAUCAAGAAAUCCGUCAUCGCUUGAUCGUGGCGCUGGUCUUUGCCUUCACUUUACCAACCUUGGCCGUCGGGCUACGUCUCUGGGCCCGAAGGAUUACAGGGAGCAAAUUAUUCUUGGACGAUUAUCUGAUCAUACUUGCCUUGAUUUUCAAAUACGGAUGCUCGACCGGCUCCGCCAUAUUACUUUCAAAUGGUCUUGGCUCGCACAUUCAAACGGUCCCAGAACAUAACCUGGAGAUAUUCUUCAAGAUUGGCUGGGCAAAUCCAUUCAUCUACACGGUGAAUGUGAUGCUGAUCAAAUUGUCGAUUUUGGCUCUCUAUCGACGCCUGUUCUCGACGAGAUACAUGACACUUGCUGUUUACUGCAUGGGUGUGUUUGUAAUUCUGUGGACGGUCAGCAUUUGUGUAGCUGCCACUCUGAACUGUAUUCCAGUCGCCAGAUUCUGGGACCGAUCCCUCGCGGGAGCUUGUAUUGAUCCGGACAAGUUUUACUAUGGAGCUCAAAUCCCCAAUAUCGUCUCCGACGUCCUCCUACUGCUCAUGCCACAGGGACUGGUGUGGUCUCUGCCAGUGGCCAAGUCCCAAAGGCUGCUCCUGUCUUGCGUGUUCAUGGUUGGUGGACUGGCACUCAUCUUUGAUAUCGUUCGUCUGGUCGCGAUGCUGAAUUUGACAAAACAGGGCGAUGAUAUCACUUAUAAUCAGAUGCCCGUGGUUAUGUGGACGUGCACCGAAGCUGGUGUCGGAAUCAUCGCUGCGUGUCUACCAAAUCUACGACCUCUGUUUUCAACAAAAGGUCAGGGCUUCUGGUCAGUACUACGAUCUUCUCGACGAGGUUCACGUGGCUCGUCGAAGGCGUAUCUCAGUAGCGGUAACACCGCCACUUCAAGUUCGACUGGAGGUCGGAGCCUAGUCAAAGGACCUGUUGACUCCUGCGUUGCAGAAGAGGGCAUUGAAAUUCAUCGCUACAGCAAACUUGUUGGCGAGUCUGUGCAAUGA